GUCUCUCUCUGUGUGUACAUGUGUCUCACCACACACCUCACAUACAACAUUGGUAUGAUGCCAUGCCCCGCGCUGCAUCGUAAGACGGACCUCGCAGUGACCAAAUUCACUCUUCCCUCCCCUGACCGCCGAAGAGGCAAGUGAAGUCCGUCACAGCGAGCGUCCGUACACUCACGCGAUGCAUACACUCAAGAAACACACAAAGGAGACACACAUCGCGUCCAUCCAUCCGUCCAUCAGCCAUUCAAGUGCUGCCCGCAUUGCACUUCACUGUACUGUGCUGCACUCGGCCUUGUGCGUGGCGGUGGCGACGCGCAGGGCCUGCCUGCUGAUGGACAGAGAAUGCUGCCACCAACUUCGCCUACGAAUCUCCUCCCGCACCCACAAAGCCCUUGAUGCAGACAGACAGGGGGAGCACGGGGGAGCACGACAGAGGUCAUUAAUUCGGCAGGACGAAAAGGCAGUCAUUCACACGCAUGAACCAACCAACCAAGCACGCACGCACGCAAGCAAGGAAGCAAGGCAGGCAGUGAGUGAGUGAGUGAGUGAGAGGUAUGAACAAACCACGUCAUAUAUUCAUGUCACCGCCAGAAACACUGACUGACCUGACCCUCAUGCAUAUGACGCGAUAGAGAGGGUGAUCCAUCCAUCCAUCCACCAUCCAUCCAUCCUUGUGCAAGCCAGUUACGAUGGAUGGAUGGAUGGAUGGAUGCGUUGAGAUUCGGCUAUAUACAUACAUGUACAUGGGGCAUGUAGGUAUGUAUAUAGAGAGAAAGGGGCCUACCAAAAAAGAACGAGACCGACAAAUAUCGAGUAUGCUGUGCGGUGGUGGCACGUGCGUCACGUCACGAAAAAUAGAGGACCGCUGCAGGCAGGCAGGCAGGCAGGCAGCCCCCCGAGUAGAGACGCAGACGCACGGCCGUUGGCGUCAUCCAUCCAUCCAUCCGUUUGUUUGUCUUGUGUUUCUGUCUGUACGAAGCGAUUCUCGAGUGUCGUCAGUGUGUGCAUUGCAGUGCAUGUGACUAUACCUCACUGCACUGGACGAAUGCAUUAUACUAUGUGGAGAUAAGCAUCAAAACUGUGGUGGUCUUCUCCAAUUGGCCUUCUCUCUCUCUCUUACGUCGCUUAUGUACACCAGACAGACAGCCAACGAGCCCACCCCCCGCAACACAAUUCCUUCCCUGGUCUUGUCAUGGUUUUGUUGCCAUGCUACCCAACCGGCUCGAAUGGCCGGGGAAAACACACACACACAGACGGGCAGACAGGCAGACAGACAGACGCUCCCGUCGUCUCUCUCUCUCUCUCUCUCUCUCUCUAUCUCUGGUUGCCAUCUAUCCACGCUGCGUGAGCGUUAUCUAGUCACUAGGACACGGGCAUACGCAUACAGUACCACACCGGUCUGUCUGUAAUGGUAGUUAGUUAAUGGUCGGUCAAAACAAAACAAAGCCUACAGGUGGACGUCAGUCAGUGGGUGGGUGCGGUCCCUAUGCCAUCAGGAAAAAGGGGGCCGGCCGGCCAGCCUCGUGCGUGUGUGUGUGUGCGCAAAAAAGAUACAUCUGUCCGCACAGCACUUGUCCAUGAGCGAUAGGUGAAUAGAUAGACAGACAGUUGCAUACACACAUACACACAAGAGAACACAUUGAUUGAUGCGCAGAAAGAAGGUCAUGCGCAGAAAGAAAUAUGGUUUCUCUGUCCAUCCAUCCAUCCAUCCAUCUGUGUGUGUGUCCGUCCAUCUGCGCAGAAAGAAGAAAAGACAGGCACGGCACCUCCACGAAGAGUAUAGACAGGGAGGGAGGGACGCAGGCGGCCACGGUCAAGCAGCAGGCAUCCAUCCAUCCAUCCAUCCAUUCGUCUCGUUUGUCGCAAAACAAAACUGCCCCCCAUCACAUUACUCACACACACACACAUGGAUGUGUCAGCGGAAGGUGCUGGAUGACAGGAGCACAGGCAGCCCGUCAGUCUUCGUAGUUUUGCGGCGCAGCUGCCUUCAGCUCUGGAUACACACACUCACAUAAUAAACACGCCAUGAGCACUGCACUGUCUGUGUCUGUCAAUGUUGCCCCCCUGUCCAACGCACCUCUGUCAUCGAGCACGAGCGAACGGAUCUGCUCAAGCACCGAUAUGGGCGUGGCGGGCGACGAUGACGUGCCGUCCGGAUGCCCACCACCCCCACCACCACCAGCCUUCGCCCCCAUGGCUGCCUCCGAAGACAACCCCCUGCCGGCUCUCCCGUGCCCCCCACGUCUCCCACCACACCGCAUCUCGGGGAGCGACACCGCCCUGUAAGGCAACAGGGGACCCGGCACAUCGACUUGACCGACAUGGUCCCCAACUUCAGCAAGCGUAAGCACUCCUGGUGCCCGCGCAGGUGACGGUGCGGGUGAGUUGUACAGCACGACGCCCAUAGUGGCCACGGGUGGGCCGGACGUUGGUGCGAUGGCGAUGGAUGGGUGGCGAGAGGGCGGGGCAGAGGGGCCGGGGAGGUCGGGAGGGGCGGGGUGGGGGAACGGGGUGCUUGGGAUGGGGAGGGGCAGAGGGAGGGGGUGAAAGACCGGGGUGCUGUCAAGAACGGAAACACCAGGUCUGCGUAGGUAGAGAGAAACGACAAACAACAGGACGUUCAUAUAUUCCGUCUUGCGUGGGGUGUUUGUUGGGGCUGCGUGCGUGUGUGUGUGGUGGGUACUCACCGCUCGUGGGCAGAGGCGGACGUGUCAAUGUGUUGCUGCUGUGUGUCGCCUGUGUGUGGUUCAUGCUGGCCAUCGGUGUUGACAUCUUCUUGCAUGUCAUCGAGGUGGUGCGCCCAUUUGCAGCGGGGCCUGUAGCACCGACCCGCCAGCCAAUCGUGGCAUACUUUGGUCUUCACGAAAAAGCUGAUCGACAUUCCAACACCGAACACGUGGAUGGAUGGAUGGAUGGCUGCAGACACCGAUGCACAUCGUCUUUUUUGUCACAAGUGAUGGUUUCUACUUGGUGGUCCUCAGUGCGUCCUUUGAGUGGGCAAACGUACAGAAGGGGUUCCGACAGUUCUGCAACUGUGCGUGGUGCAAAGCAACAGGACACCCACAGAGAGAUCCAUGUGAAGCGGGCACGUGUGAGUGCAUGUGUGCAGUUCACUCGGCUGACAUACAUCAGGGCAGAGUGACGUCCUUGAGAGGUCAGGCCGCUGCCUCAGCUCCCCCAGGCCAUGGGCGAACCGGCACUGCGCACCCCACGUGCAACGACCCGCCUGAUGCCACUUACCUAUACACACACACACCGCACACACACACAGAGCAUCCACAAUGUGUCUGAGUGGCGCUCGCAAUGCUCACAUAAUCUGGUCUUGCGCAGCUGUUCCUCGAAUCUGCUGCGAUUGGUCUCGAUGAUGCCCGCCGGUCCUCUGCGUCUGUUGCCCUCCCACCGCUGCAUCGAGAAGGGCCUGGGCGGGUCGCAUGGCGCCGGCACGGGCCCAGGCAGAUGCCCAGGGAACUGAGGAGGGAAGCCAGGCUGCCCGAACUGAACCAAACACACACAUGAAGUCCAGCAUACCACACACAAACAGACAUCUCCUCUCUGUUAAGGCUCCUUCCUUUGACCCACCUGGUUCUGCAUUUAUGUCAGCGGCGUGGUGGUGCGGUGGGCGGUGAACGCACUUGCCUCCAUCCUCAUGUGUGUCGCCGAUAUCACCAUCAUCACGCUGCAGACUGAGCUCUCGUCGUCAGUUCUCGUUCUUUCAUCGCUCACAACGAAACAAGUGACGCAUUCCCCAGUGCACUCCCCUCGGGCGUAGCAUCACAAACACAAAGAGAAGGAAGAGAACGCAGUGGUG